AUGUCUGUAGGAACAGCCAUUGUCAACGAUAUGUUUUUCCUCCACGAGCAAAGAGAGAAGACGGGUAUUUAUUCCAUAUUUGUGACAAAUGGCGCUCAUAUCGCAGCACUCAUCUGUAGCUAUAUAGGCCAAGCAGGUGGUUGGCAAUGGGAUUAUGGGGUGGGUGCCAUUAUUACUGGUUCAGCUCUUCCCUUUGCUCUUUUCUUCUUCCCAGAAACGCUAUUCUGUCGCGAUACCGUGGCUCUUGCUGCGAAAAGACACGAGCGAACGUACUUCGAGAUGUUAUGCAAUUUCAAGGGGAACAAAAGCACCACGAGAAGUCUACGCAUGUGGGACUUUUCGUAUGCAUUCCGCAUGUUGAAUUGCCCAUCGGUCUUUUUUACAUUCUGGUACUAUACAUUAGCCUGGACAUUUAUCAAUGUUCUCCCUGCCAUUUCUCUAGCCACCAUCUAUACCAAAUUCUAUCAUCUCAAAAGCUGA